AUGGCCUCGACAACGCUCACCGAGAACACCUUCAGCCACAGCGGCGACAAGGCCACCUUCUACUGGUCUGCUGGCCCAUCUCAGGGACCGUUGGUCAUCUUCAUCCACGGCUGGCCCGCCAACGGCGAGUCGUGGAAGCCUCAGCUCCUCGCUCUCGCCGCGCUCGGCUUCCGCACGAUCGCGCCCGACACCCGCGGCUACGGACGAUCCAGCGUACCCAAGGAAACCUCCGCCUACGCGUUGGAGCACCAUGUAUCGGACAUGCUGGCCCUGCUCGCCCACCUCGGCCGUGACAAGGCGGUGUGGAUCGGACACGACUGGGGUGCCGGCCUCGUCUGGGGCUUCGCCGCGCAGCACCCGGAGAAGUGCGUCGGCGUGUGCUGCAUGACGGUUCCGUACCACGUCCUCGAGCAUGGCCUGGAGGGUCUCGUCGCUCUUUCCAACCGCGAGCUGUAUCCCGAGGACCAGUACCCGCUCGCUCAAUGGGACUACCAGGCCUUCCACACCGAGCAGCCCGAAGCGAGUGCCAGCCAGCUAGCGGCCAACGUCACAAACACCGUCAAGCUGCUCUACCGAGGCGGAAGUCCGCAGACCUACGGCAAGCCCGCUUUUACCGCGUCACUUCGGAAGACCGGGGGCUGGUUCGGCGGCCUCCCAGAGGCGCCGGACACGCCCUUCGAGUCGACGCUGUUCAAGGACGACAAGCCGGCGUUCGAUCGCAUGGUCGCAGAGUUUGAGAAGAACGGCUUCGAGGGCCCUAAUGACUACUACCGCAACCACCCAGCCAACAAGGCGUACGCCCUAAAGGCACCGAACGGGGGCCGGCUGUCGUACCCCGUCCUCUUUGUGGAGGCACGAUGGGACAGCGUCUGUGAUACGUCCAUUUCGAGAUUGAGUGAGCCCAUGCGGGAAUUGUGCGAUGACCUCACCGAGGUGAGCAUCGAGGCGGGGCACUGGGUUGCGAUGGAGGAGCCGGAGGAGACCAGCGCGGCACUGGUGAGGUGGAUUGCUCAGAAGCUGCCCACGCACUUCCCCGGCUACUGGAAGACACCGUUCGUGUCGCGCAAGUGA